UAAUUUUUUUUUCUUCUUCUUGAGUUUAUCUCAAUGCCAAAGAAUAAGAAAACAGAAUGGCAAGUGGGAGAUCCUGCAAUAAGCGUAGUGAGUGAUCAGUUCUGUAAUCCAUACCCUAUGGAUCUAAUGGUGAAGAGGAAAGUUCAGAAUUUCUCAAAAGACUAUUACCAAGUGUUUGAUCCAAGUGGGAAUCUACUCCUGCAAAUAGAUGGACAAGCUUUUGGGUUUAACCGUAAGAGGGUUAUGCGUGAUCCUGCUGGUUUCACAAUCCUCACAAUGCGCCAAAAGGGGAUUACGUUGAAGAACAAAUGGGAGGUGCAUGGAGGAGAGAGCAAAGAGAAAGAAGACUUGUUGUUCACGGCACAGCAAUCUUUAGCGGUGUCUUUGAAAACAUCUUUGGAUGUUUUCUUGGCUGAGAAUAAUAAUGUCAAGAAAAGCAGUACUUGUGAUUUUCAUGCUUCGGGUGGAUACUCAAAUAUAUCAUUCGAAGUUUUCAAAUCGGAUGCUCUCAUUGCAGGGGUGACACAUAAGUUUACAUGGGGAAGUUUCUGCAAAGGGAAAUAUAAUUUCAGGGUGAGAGUGAAUCCAGAGGUGGAUUAUGCUUUUAUCAUUGCUUUGCUUGUUAUGGUUGAUGACAAUGAGAAUUGGUGUUAGACUUUCUUAAUCAAUAUCUUACGUUUGGUUUCAUUCACAUGCUGUCUGUGUGUAUGUAUUGCUUUGUUUCAAGUUGUAUGUAAGAACUUUUUCAAUGUAACAUCUAUGCGCUAAUGCUUGUCAGAACUGAAGUGGCACUUCCAUUGUUUGGUCGAACAAAGACCUUUCCACACAAAACUAUUGUGAAAGUGUGAUCGCAGAAAGAUGAAAUUUAUUUGAAUUUUCAUGAAAACAAUGUACACAAAUCAAAUCUCCAAGUAGUUGAGAAGUUCACAAAGUUUAAGUAAUGAGAGACAGAACAAAUAUAGUCGUGAUAUCAAACAAACCCGUUUUGACCAAACCUCUUAAGAAACCUUAAAACUCAUAAACCAGACACAAUAAAGAGUCGAACAUGAAGUAGUACGAACACAAAUGAUGAAAGCACACCA